AUGUCAGGAAGAGGCAAACAAGGUGGUAAAGUCCGUGCUAAGGCCAAGACUCGCUCAUCUAGGGCUGGUCUGCAGUUCCCAGUCGGCCGUGUGCACAGGCUGCUCCGGAAGGGGAACUACGCUGAGCGGGUGGGAGCCGGUGCUCCCGUCUAUCUGGCUGCAGUGCUCGAGUACCUCACCGCUGAGAUCCUGGAGUUGGCCGGUAACGCUGCCAGGGAUAACAAGAAGACCCGCAUCAUCCCCAGGCACCUGCAGCUCGCUGUGAGGAACGACGAGGAGCUCAACAAGUUGCUGGGUGGGGUCACCAUCGCUCAGGGCGGUGUUCUGCCCAACAUCCAGGCUGUGCUGCUGCCCAAGAAAACCGAGAGCAGCAAACCGGCCAAGGCCAAGUGA